GCUAUUUCGUCUCCACGCGCUUUUCUCUCCGAUAAAUACCGAAUAUAAUUUGUACUUCAUUGUCUUUAUUACGAUUCUCCGAACCCUGUUUCCUCUCAAAGUUCGGAAGAAUAAAAAUGGGGCAAGUUUUCUGCUGUGUUCAAGUGGACCAGUCAACUGUAGCUAUCAGAGAAACUUUUGGGAAGUUUGACGAUGUGCUUGAGCCUGGUUGUCACUGUCUGCCUUGGGUUUUUGGCACACAGAUAGCUGGCCACCUUACUCUGCGUGUGCAGCAGCUGGAUGUUCGAUGUGAAACAAAGACAAAGGAUAAUGUCUUUGUUACUGUUGUUGCAUCAAUUCAAUACCGGGCUAUAGCAAACAAGGCUUCAGAUGCUUUCUACAAACUCAGUAACACCAGAGGACAGAUCCAAUCCUAUGUUUUUGAUGUUAUUAGGGCAAGUGUGCCAAAAUUGGAGCUGGAUUCUGUUUUUGAACAGAAGAAUGAAAUAGCGAAAGCUGUGGAACAGGAACUAGAAAAGGCCAUGUCAGCAUAUGGCUAUGAGAUAGUUCAGACUCUUAUUGUGGAUAUUGAACCAGACGAGCAUGUGAAGAGGGCAAUGAAUGAGAUAAAUGCUGCUGCUAGAAUGAGAGUGGCUGCAAAUGAGAAAGCCGAAGCGGAGAAGAUAUUGCAGAUCAAGCGUGCUGAGGGAGAUGCCGAGUCGAAAUACCUGGCUGGGCUUGGCAUAGCUCGGCAGCGUCAGGCCAUUGUUGAUGGGCUGAGGGACAGCGUGCUGGCUUUCUCUGUGAAUGUACCUGGAACCACAUCAAAGGAUGUCAUGGACAUGGUUCUAGUGACUCAAUACUUCGACACAAUGAAAGAAAUUGGCGCAUCCUCAAAGUCCAACGCCGUUUUCAUCCCACAUGGACCAGGUGCUGUGAAAGACGUUGCUUCACAGAUUAGAGACGGCCUCCUUCAAGCAACAACUCAGGAUUAGUGUCUUGAGCCCGGCGUACAUGUUGGAGGGUUGGCUUUUCUGACUUCAUAUGAAGGGAUUGGUGCUAUUAUCAAAGUCUCAGUUGUCUUAUUCUGCCUGUUUGUCUCUUUCUUCUUCUUCUUUUCUUCUCUUUGAAUUAAUUACACGAGAAGUUUGCAAAUGUCUUGCAACUAAAAAAAAUAUGGUGUAUAUUUGCUAGCGAGCUUGGGUAAUUUUGUGGUAUCCUCUGGAAUGAUUUGUUAUAUUGUAACACUUGUCUGGAUUGCUAUGAGAACAAGCGAAAGUUAUGCUCA